AGUUUGACCACUGGAAUAACAUACACUUUUGCAGGAGGAUUUCUACGUGGCACUACUACAACUUUCAAGUUAUACCUUACUCGGAAUGAUUGCUUUAUCAUAGGCAAAGAUGCCCCAGGCCCAAGAGGCGAUGGUGACGGGAGACCUGCAGACCGCGGUGAGAUGAUUCCGGGAGCCAAUGUGACCCUGAAGCGCAUCAAGAAGGAACUCGACGAGAUGACGAGCGACCCGCCGUCCAACUGCUCGGCGGGACUCACCGACGCUGGUGACAUGUUCAACUGGCAGGCCACCAUAUCGGGACCUGAGAAGACCCCUUUCGAGGGCGGGGUGUUCAGACUGAGCAUCUUCUUCCCCAACGACUACCCGUUCAAGCCGCCCCAGGUGAAGUUCAUCACCAAAAUCUAUCACCCAAACAUCAACAGCAACGGCCUCAUCUGCCUGGACAUUCUCAAGUCCCAGUGGUCGCCGGCCCUGUCCGUAGCCAAGGUGCUACUGUCCAUCUGCGCGCUCAUGUGCGAGCCGAACCCGGACGACCCGCUCAUGCCGGACGUCGCCUCCGUGUACAAGCACGACCGCACUCAGUACAACGCCACCGCCCGGAAGUGGACCAGGGAAUACGCCAUGGAAUGACAGGACGACGAACCACGCCGACAUUGUCGACGACCUCGCAACCGCGCACGUGAACCAGAGUCGCGUCAUUCGAGGAAGCAUGGCACACGGCGAUGUUAGGCAGUCUUUCGGUGGACUCCUUGGGAAAUUCCUUUCUAGAGUUGGCAAAUUUAUCGAGGCGCACAAGCGAAAUUUGUGUAAAGGACCCAUAUUCCCGCAGCAGCGAUGGAGCAGCCUGUGCUGCGACUUUUUUUCGGCUUGGCCAUUAGAGAUCUAACCAAACGUAUUCAGUUCCCUUCUACGAAAGUAAUCAACAACAACAAACAUUGCAGCGUUUCCCGCAGCGCAUUUCUUUGCCUGCGCUCAAAGAAACCGACAUGUAGGGGAGCACGUAGUCAUUCGGCGUGACAAUCAAAAUCUUACCUAUAUAUGUAUACCUAAAUCUCGCCGCCCGUUUCCCACACCGUUGACCCGGGUUGUUUCCCUUUUUUUUU